UCUUUUACAGAUGUGUAGUGCAUUAAUUUGAGUGAGCUAUAUAGAUCGUUGAUCUUGGGAGAAAUAUGCCGGCGUUUUUGAAAUACAUUGAAGUAGACAACUUCAAAUCCUACAAAGGAGUGAAGCGUAUUGGUCCACUUCGUCCGUUCACCGCCGUCAUCGGACCAAAUGGGUCGGGUAAAUCGAAUUUCAUGGAUGCCGUCAGUUUUGUCAUGGGCGAGAAGACAUCCAGUCUUCGAGUGAAGCGUCUCGGGGAUUUGAUCCACGGUGCAUCGAUCGGCCAACCAGUUUCUCGAUCUGCCUCUGUGACUGCCAUUUUUGACAUGGAUGACGGUACGGAGAAAUCGUUUACCCGAUCGGUUUACGGUUCAACAUCCGACUACAAAAUCAACAACGAGAGCGUGUCGAACCAGGAGUAUCUGUCACAGCUCGAAUCAAUCGGAAUCAACGUCAAGGCGAAAAACUUCCUUGUAUUUCAAGGUGCUGUCGAGUCAAUUGCCAUGAAAAACCCAAAGGAACGAACAGCUCUUUUUGAAGAAAUCUCGGGUUCCGGCGCCUUGAAAGAAGAGUACGAUCGACUCAAAGCGGAAAUGUUGAAAGCCGAAGAAGAAACCCAGUUUUCAUAUCAAAAGAAGAAGGGCAUCGCAGCAGAACGCAAAGAAGCAAAGAUGGAGAAGGAAGAGGCGGAGCGUUAUCAGCGCCUCCGCGAAGAACACGCUCAAAAACAAACUGAAUUCCAGCUCUUCCGCCUUUACUAUAAUGAACGCGAAACGGAACAAUACGGUGAAGACUUGAAAAAGAAGCAAACUGACCUUGAAAAGUCCGAGCGCAAACGUCAGGAUGCUGAGGACGAAGUCAAAGACAAGAAAAAGGAACAGGGCAAGCGCCAACGUGAGCUCGCCGCCAUGGAGCAAGACAUCCGAGAGAAGGAGGCUGAAAUCAGCCGCCGCAAACCGACAUUCAUUAAAGCCAAAGAACGCGUGAAGCACUUGGAAAAGAAAUUGGAAUCUGCCAAAAAAUCCCUUAGCCAAGCAAAGAAAGCUCACUCGGCUCACAUGGACGACAUUAACGAACUCGAGCGAGAGUUGAAAGAAGUCGACGAUAAGCGAAACGACUACGAAAGUUUGAUUGCCGGUGAAAGUCAGAGCAAAGGUCGCGACGUGCAUCUGGAAGACGCUCAAGUUAAAGAAUAUAAUCGUCUCAAAGAAGAAGCUUCUAUUCAAAGCGGCCGAUACAUGCAAGAACUCGACUCUGUCAACCGAGAGCAGAAAUCGGAUCAAGACCGGCUUGACAACGAACUUCGCAAAAAGAAUGACUUGGAGACAAAAUUGAAGCAAAAGGGACACGAACUCGAGGAGGCCGAAAAACGCGUUGAGAAGCUGCAAGAGCAUAUUCGCAACAGCGAAGCCAUGCUUGAGGAGCAAAAGAGGAUGCAACGAGAUUUGCAAAAUGACGUCGGCUCUUCAAAGAACAAGGUCGAAGACAUUCAAACGGAUCUGGAAGAAGUUCUUCGAGAACUUGGGGAUGCUCGAGUGGACAAACACGAAGACACGAGGCGCCGGAAGCGACAAGAAAUCGUUGAUAAUUUCAAGCGACUUUUUCCAGGUGUCUACGAUCGGAUGAUCAACAUGUGUCAGCCCAUCCACAAACGCUACAACAUCGCUGUAACAAAAGUUUUGGGUAGGAACAUGGAAGCAAUCGUUGUCGAUACAGAGAAAACUGCAAGACAGUGUAUCCAGUAUCUGAAAGAACAAAUGUUGGACCCAGAGACUUUCCUCCCACUUGACUACAUCCAAGCCAAGCCCUUGAAGGAACGAUUAAGAAUCCUUGGGAAGGAUAAGAAUGUUCGUCUAUUGUACGACGUUUUGCAAUUCGAGCCUCCAGAUAUCAAACGAGCUGUAUUAUACGCCACCGUAAAUGCCUUGGUUUCUGAAACACCCGAGGAUGCGAAUCGUGUGGCUUACAGUUCUGAAGAUGGACAACGUUAUGAUGUGGUUGCGUUGGAUGGAACAUUCUAUCAAAAGUCGGGGAUCAUCUCAGGUGGUUCAUUAGAUCUGGCGCGCAAGGCGAAACGGUGGGACGAGAAACACAUGGCUAUACUGAAGCAGCGUAAAGAACGCUUACAGGACGAGCUUCGUGAAGCUCAGAAAAAUUCUCGCAAGGAAUCCGAGCUCAACACCGUUGAAUCUCAAAUUCGCGGUCUUGAGACACGCCUCCGUUACGCUCGCAGUGACAAGGAGAACACGGAGGCGAAACAAAUCGCCAAGCUCCGGAAAGAAAUCUCGACUGUCGAAGAGCAACUCGAGCAGUUCCGGCCUCGAAUUGCCGAAAUUGAGACUCAGAUGCAGUCCCGCGACCAACACUUGCAAGAGGUCAAGGAGAAGAUGAAUCAAGUAGAAGACGUGGUUUUCAAGGCCUUCUGCAAGCAAAUUGGAGUCGAUAACAUUCGUCAGUACGAGGAACGAGAACUCAGGCUGCAACAGGAUCGAGCGAAGAAGCGCCUCGAAUUCGAGAACCAGAAGAAUCGGAUUCUCAAUCAGCUCGAGUUCGAGAAGUCCCGUGACACUCAAAGUAACGUUCUGCGCUGGGAAAGAGCUGUUCAAGACGAUGAAGAUACUCUCGAUGCUGCGAAGCAAGCCGAGCAGAAGCAGCUCAAGGAAAUUGACGCCUUCGUCCGCGAAGUUGAGUCUGCCAAGAAUGAGCGUAUCAUGAAGAAAUCCGAAGUGGAUGCGUUCGACGACAAGGUCGCCAAAUUGCGCAAAGAGAGCACAAACAUUGCCAAAGAAGUUCAAUCGCUGCAAAAGCAAUUGAACGCUUUGGAGAAUAAGCUGGAUCAGAAGCGUGCCGAACGUCAUUCUUUGCUGAAAAGCUGCAAAAUGGACGGCAUUGCUAUCCCCAUGACUCGCGGGACGAUCGAUGAUGUGGACGGUGGUUCAGAAACGACUCACAUGGACACGACGGAACAGCCUUCGCAGUCACAGUCGCGAUCCAGUCGUUCCUCGCAAAACACGGAGUCCUCGUCUAUCGACAUGACCUCGUCACAACCAAGCCAGGUCCUUUAUGCAAAGGAAGCAAAAAUCGUCAUAAACUAUGAUCAUUUACCGGAUCAGUACAAAGACCUUGAUGACGACAGCGAUAUCAAUAAGAGCGAAAAAGCCAUGUCGAAGGAAAUUGCGGACCUUCAGAAAACUCUCGAUCGCAUCCAGGCCCCAAAUAUGAAGGCGAUGGCGAAAUUGGAUGCUGCCCGAGAAAAAUUCCAGGAAACUAACGAAGAAUUCGAAGCUGCGAGAAAGAAGGCGCGAAAGGCGAAGCAGGCGUUCGAGCGAGUAAAAAAGGAUCGAUUCGACAAGUUCAUGGAUUGUUUCGAGCACGUGAGCAACGAGAUUGAUCGAACAUACAAAAUGUUGGCGAGAAAUCAAGGGGCUCAGGCUUUCCUUGGACCGGAGAAUCCAGAAGAACCGUAUCUGGAUGGUAUUAAUUACAAUUGCGUCGCUCCAGGAAAACGAUUUCAACCGAUGUCGAACUUGUCUGGUGGAGAGAAGACUGUUGCUGCGCUUGCGCUUCUUUUCGCGAUUCACAGCUAUCAUCCCGCUCCAUUUUUUGUUUUGGAUGAGAUUGAUGCUGCACUGGACAACACUAAUAUCGGCAAAGUCGCUUCUUUCAUUCGGAGUCAAACUGCCACUGAGCUGCAGUGCGUCGUUAUUUCACUCAAGGAAGAAUUUUAUUCGAGAUCCGAAGCGCUCAUCGGCAUUACUGCUGAGGGUGGAGAGUGUUUGGUAAGCAAAGUUCUGACACUGACGCUGACCGAUUUCCCUGAUCACAAGAUGGAGGGCGAAGCACAAGAAGAAUUGAGAUUUCAGAUGUCAUCGCUGGCAGGAUUGGAUGCGGUUGCCUAA